AAAUAUGAAGGUUAGAAAGAUAAACUGGCGCGAAGUUUAGUUACUUUUGAAUGUCACUAGAAUUUAUAAAGUUUUGUUUAUUUUAUUUAUUUAUUGAGCAAAAACACACUUUAAAACCUUCUAAAACAUAUAAAUUUAUCCGUAUAAAGAUGUACAAACUAUCCUGGAGGCACAAAACAAGUAAAAUAUAAACAAAUUCUUUAAUUUUUAUUUGGUCUGGUUACCAACUUUACACAAAAAGUUACUGCUGCCUUCAUUCACAGCUGAUAGUGAAACAAUAUUAUAUUUCGUUAGUUUAUUAUUAAAAUUAGACUACUAUACCAAUGUUUUUCGUGAUAUUUUGAUAUAAAUAAAUAAAUAGGAUAAAAUCACUACUCAAAAUGCAUGAAGUGUAUAAACUAUCGCCGCUUUUAAAGCACACCAGCGUCCAAAUUGAAUGCAUUACCUCAUAUGAUGAAUACUUACUAUUGGGAACCAGACAAGGUUCCCUUUUGAUGUAUAACGUAGUAAAAACCACUUUAAAUGAUGAUAAACCAGAGAUUCAGUUGAUGCGAUUCAAUAAAACAUUCAGCAAGAAACCAAUUCAACAAUUGGAUGUCAUUGCUGAAUACAAUGUCUUAAUAAGUCUCACAGAUAACAUAAUUCAAGUCCAUGACAUAAAUUCAUCAAACUUUGCCACAACUUUUACCCUGGAUAAAACCCGCGGUGCCACUUUAUUCACCCUUGAUGUUAACCGACAAGUUACCAUGACUGGUAAAGAAGUCUCCAUCUAUCGAAUGUGCGUGUAUGUCAAGAAAAAACUGCAAUUUUACGUCUGGGCAAAGAAAGAAUUUCUUCAAUUGGAAGAAGAUGUUGCCAUUAAUGAUGCUCCAAAGGCCAUAGCACUCUGCCAGAACACAGUUUGUGUCGGAAAUAAGAAUGAAUACUCAUGUUAUCAGUUAAAAGAUAAAUGGAAUGACUUGUUUCCAACAUCAAGCAAUCAAUCCAAUGAGCCAUUUGUAAUAAAAGCAUCAGAUACGACAUUUGCUUUGGUUAGAGACAAGCAAACCUUCCUGGUUAAUGAUAAAGGCGGCGCUGAGAAGUCGAAAAUAUUAAAAUGGUCCGGAACUCCGCAUGCGCUUGUCUGGGACGAGCCAUAUUGCAUUGCUUUGAUUGGAGACACAGCGGAAGUGCAUGCAAUCGAAGCAGAGGAAGUUAUACAAACUAUUCCUGAUUUAGGUAAGGUUAGGUUUGUAUCUCGUGCGCAGCAGGGGAUUAUCUACGCGGCAUCUAUCGGACAAGUUUGGUUAUUCCGUGCGAUUGACAUUCCUAUACAAAGAAACGCAUUAUUAGAGAAUAAACAAUUUGAAUUAGCACUAAAACUAACGAAUGUUUCUGAUGAAACAGACAUAGAAAAAGAUAAAAUCAUCUAUGACAUCCAAACACGCCUUGCAUACGAGUUAUUCAACAAGAAAAAGUACCACCAAAGCAUGAAAGAGUUCUUAAAACUCGGAACUAACGUCCAUCAUGUGAUCAGACUCUUUCCUGACUUGCUACCACCGCAAGGUGACGAACCAAAAGUAGAAAUCACUAGUCAUUUAGCAGGGAAAGAAUUAGAAGAAGGUUUGACAGCUUUGAUUGAAUAUUUAACACAAAUGCGGUUUAAAUACGCUUUAGAAGCACAGAAAAACAUUAACACCACCGCGAAUAUGAAUAAUGUGCAGAUAAUUGACACAACUUUAUUAAAAUGUUACCUGCAAACCAAUGAUGCGCUGGUUGCGCCAUUGUUGCGGUCGAACAACUGCCACCUGGCGGAAGCCGAGCGAACUUUAAAAAAAUACAAGAAAAACAACGAAUUGAUUAUUUUAUAUCAAACAAAAGGACAACACCGACGCGCUUUGGAACUGUUAAAAACCGAGGAUAAUGUUGAACGUAGUAUUACAUAUCUACAACACCUGGGUAAUAAAGACAUGGGGUUGAUUUUAGAGUAUGCUGACUGGGUGUUGAAUAAAACCCCCGAGGAAGGUUUGAAAAUCUUCACAGAAGAUUUAGGCGAAGUUGAAGCACUGCCACGACCACGUGUGCUUGAUUAUCUGUUAAAAUCACACAUAGAUUUAGCCAUUCCGUAUCUUGAGCAUGUGAUUAAUAUCUGGAAGGAUACAAAUCCAUUGUUUCAUAAUUCACUCAUACAUAAAUAUCGCGAGAAGGUUUUGAUUGAUGAACCUGGCGUGGAGGUAACAAAAAAGAAACUGAUUGAAUUCCUAGAGAAUUCUGAACAUUAUAAACCCGAAACUGUGUUGAUACACUUUCCCACCAAUGCUCUGCUUGAAGAACGAGCGUUGAUUCUUGGAAAAUUAGGAAAACAUGAAGAAGCACUGGCUAUUUAUGUGCGCGCGUUGGGUGACAUUGAAAAAGCCAUCAAUUACUGCAACAAAACUUAUAAUCAAGAAGAUAAAGUGUAUGUUAUGUUGAUUAAAUUGUUGUUAAACCCUGAAGGGUUUAAUAUUAACCUGCCUGGGGUUACGCUGUCGCCGAAAACAGCGCAGACUGAUCUGGAAGCUGCUCUGAAACUACUGGAAGACAACGCUUCUUGUAUUAAUCCACUGGAUGUCUUGGAUGUUUUACCGGAGAAUAUUCCAGUGUCGAGGAUUUAUAAGUUUUUGCAAAUUGCUAUGCAGCAGAGUUUGAAGGAUAGGAGAAGAGUGCAACUUUUGAAAGGAUUAUUGUAUGCGGAACAUUUGCAGUGUCAAGAGAUGCGGCUACAUCUUGAAAGUCAAAGUGUGUUGAUAACUGACAUGAAUAUUUGUCCUGCGUGUAAGAAACGCUUCGGAAAACAGAGUGCAUUGAUUCGUUAUCCCAAUGGAGAUGUGGUGCAUUAUUCCUGCCAGGAUCGUAAAUAUUAGUUUUAUUAUGUUUUAGGUUGGUUGUAUUGAGUUAGGUUGGUUGCCUAUACUUGGCCGCCAUGACUGCUUGUAUAACCUAUGAAUAUGCGCAAUGUGCGUGUAAAGUGAUGCAGAUUCAAGUAAGUUGAUUUAUUUAAUCUAAUAUUAUCAGAUUAUAACUAUGAUAAUACAAAAAUGAUAAUUAUAACUAUCGGUAAUCAUAAUAUAUACUUUUUACCAUUGUA